GUAAGAGCAGACAGUUGACUUCUCUGCUAACUUAACUUCAACAGUGCAACAUGUGCUAUCGGGCAGAUCCUGCCAGGGAUAUGAUGCCCAGAGAAUACAGUCCGAUACUCAUUGGAUACGGUGCGAUAACAGACGCCACUAAGGAAACUCAGGAUCUUUGUCAUCAGGUGAAGACCGAUGUGGAGGAAGAGACAGGAAAGAAGUAUGUGGAAUUCAAAGCAGUUAAAUACAGGAGUCAAGUUGUGGCAGGAACCAACUUCCUUAUCAAGGUUCAUGUUGGAGGAGCGAACUACAUUCAUCUGGAGGUCUUCCGAGAUCUUCCGGGUAACGGAGGAAAGGUGUCUCUGACUAAUGUAGAGGCUCAUCAGACCAAAGACAGCCCCCUCCAACCUAUUGACCAAUCCCAGAACCAGAUUCAACAGAAACAUACUUAAAGGCUGCAGUCUCAUGUUAAAAUCUUCUGCUUCUUUAUUCUGAAAUGAUUUAACAUUGAUUUAGAAUUUAUUAAUGCUGAGAGAUGACGAGAUUUUGGUGGAAAGCACUAAGAUUAAAUAAUUUAUAUUUCUUUUUCCUGUUUGCUCACAAUGUCCUUUAUCCCCAAAUAAAUAUUCUGCCACUAUC